AUGACUCUUUUAGUAGCCUAUUUGUGUAUAAAAAAGAAAUUAAAAGCUUACAUAAAAAAAAAAGAAAUAAAUCCUAAUAAACAGAAAGAAGUUAAUAGAAAUAACAGCAACCUCAGACCCCAAGUUAGAACUAAAAAAUCCUUAAGAGAUAUUAGUAAUGAAUAUACAACUAAAAAACUAGACAUGUUAGAAGGCAGACCAACAGUUUCUUCUAAUAUAGAAGAAAAUCUUUCAAAUUUCUCCUAA